AGAGGUAGUUAUUUUGAUAAGAGACAUAAAAAACAUGAAGAUAAAUGUGAAAUUGGGGCAUGGGGUAGCAAACCUUGGGUAGUUAAAGUUAGUGAUUUAAUGUGGGAUUGUGGUGGUGAUGAAGGUUUCAAGCAUAAAACUUGUAAGGGUAAAGAUAUUUAUAAAGAUAUGGUGAAGGAUUAUUCUGAAGAAAAACUUCCAAAACGGCUUAGUGAUAUGGGUCCUGAAAGUGGUCUUUAUGUAGUUAUUGAUGGUCAAAGUAAAUGGGGAAAACGUCAAUCUAUUACUUCACCCGCUGCGAUUAAUGUUAAUAAUGAAGGUAAUGUUUUGGUACCACCGGCAGCAAAUGCACCAGCACCAGCUCCACCAGCUCCAGCACCACCAGCUCCAGCGCCACCAGCUCCAGCGCCACCAGCUCCAGCGCCACCAGCUCCAUCACCACCAGCUCCAGAAGCAACUGCACCUGCUGCAGCAACUGCACCUGCAGCAACUACACCUGCAGAAACUGCACCUGCAGCAACUACACCUGCAGAAACUGCACCUACUCCAGAAUCAGGCACACCAGCAACUGUACCUGCACCUGCAACUACUUCUCCCGAAUCCGUUGGAAUAGAAGCAGUACCAACCACUGCACCACCACCAUCUGUACCGCCACCAUCAACUACUACCGAAUCCGUUGCGGCCACACCACCACCAUCAACUACUACCGAAUCCGUUGCGUCCGUACCACCACCAGCACCAGCAGCAAAUACUGAACUUCCACCAGCAGCUACUGUUACUGCUUAA